AUGGAAUAUUUCUAUUUUAUCUACUUCUUGUUGCACAUCCCAAUCACUGUAGUGAUUGAUGCCACCGUGGUUAUCCCCCCAUGGUUCCAGUGGCAAGAAAAGCUGGUAGAAUUCCAUCAACAGGCCAACGGUGAUUUCCUGCUAGAUUCGAAGCCGCUUUGGUUCAGAUCUUUUGUUUACCUGGAAUUGAUCCUGCAAUUACCAGCGUUCGUGGUCCUUGUGGUCGAUUAUUGGCGUAACUCCAGAUUCUCUCCGAGGUGGUACCCAUUGAUUACAAUUUACGGAUUCAACGCGGCGCUGACGACAUACACAUGUCUCGUAUACAUCACCCAACGCGAGGUGGGGUCGGGACUAGUCCGAUUCAAUUGGCCCCUUUUCUUGGUCUACCUACCAACAUUUAUCAUUCCUGCCGUCAUGUCCGUACAGUACUACCUAAAGUGUGUGUCUCUACUGAGUAAAGUCAAAUAG